AUGCCAUCUGGCCUGACAGACACCAAAGAGCUUCAGGUGGCAGUUUUCCUGCUCCUGCUGCUUGCCUACCUCGUGACCGUCUCUGGAAACCUGGCCAUCAUCAGCCUGACCUUGCUGGACACCCGCCUGCAGACCCCUAUGUACUUCUUCCUCCGGAAUCUGUCCUGCUUGGAAAUUUGGUUCCAGACUGUCAUCGUGCCCAAGAUGCUGCUCAACAUUGCCACGGGAACGAAGACUAUUAGCUUUGCCGGCUGCAUUGCCCAGGACUUUUUCCACAUCUUCCUGGGGGCCACGGAGUUCUUCCUCCUCACAGCCAUGGCCUAUGACCGGUACAUCGCCAUCUGCCGGCCGCUCCGCUACCCCAUCCUCAUGAGCAGCAGAGUCUGCAUGCGGCUCAUCCUCAGCUGCUGGCUGGCAGGAUUCUCCCUCAUCAUCAUCCCACUUGUCUUCACCAGUCAGCUUCCAUUCUGUGACACCCACAUCAACCACUUCUUCUGUGACUAUACACCUCUAAUGGAGGUGGUCUGCAGUGGGCCAAAGGUGCUGGAGAUGGUGGAUUUUACCCUGGCCUUGGUGGCACUGCUCAGCACACUGGUGCUGAUCUCUAUGUCCUAUGUCCAGAUUAUCCGGACAAUUAUCCGGAUCCCCUCUGUCCAGGAGAGGAAAAAGGCUUUCUCCACCUGUUCCUCCCACAUCAUUGUGGUCACCAUGUGCUAUGGCACCUGCUUCUUCAUGUAUGUAAAGCCUUCUCCAGGCAAAGGGGUUGAUCUCAACAAAGGAGUGUCUCUAAUCAACACAGUUAUUGCCCCUCUCCUGAACCCCUUCAUCUAUACUCUCAGGAACCAGCAAGUGAAGCAAGUAGUAAAAGACUUGGUCAGAAAAAUGACUGGGCUCCAAAAUAAAUAG